UUGAUAUUUGACAGAAAAUAAUACUAAUAAAAAUAUCACCGCAUCUUAUAACUGAACUUCAUAGAAAGGUUACAACAUGGUUGCUUGAACUGCUAGAUCUCAUCCACAGCACAUCCUUAUAGUCUUAAAGGAAGGAUACGGUGGAUAAUGUAGCCCUAGAUAUACUUGGUUUGGGAAAAAGUAUGAUAAUCGAGUGUUCGAUCACGAUUGAUAUUGGACUAAACAAUAAUAAUAAAUGAAAGAGUCUCGGUAAAUAUUGUAGAGAUCAGAAUUACAUUCUUUUAUACUGCAUGGGUAGUCUCUCGACUCCGAGAAUGACGAUUCCUCAAUUUAUUGCUGAUCAACCAACACAUGAUUUGUUUAUAGUAAUCAAAUGCCUGUGUGUACACGAACUCACUCCCCUUCCUCUAUUCGACACUGAAUGUACAAAUGUACGGUGUACCACUGUUAGAUUUAGUGAUCGCAGAGCAACAUGAAGUGAAGUGGUUUGCUCGAGAACACAAAGUACCAUCCAGUCAGGGAAUCGAAACCACGAUCUUGCGAUCAUGAGAGCAAUACUCUCACUCUUUAAUAUUAAUAAGUGAAAAAAAAAGAGGAAAAAAUUUUAUGUGUGUUUAUUAAACACAAAAUUUACGUGACUCGAUCGAAGUACGUACAGAACCAGAAGAAGAAACAGCUAAGAAGAAUUCCAACUGGAUCUGGUCAAGCAGGAAGAGAAGUGAAUUUCAAAAGCAUAAUUUACCCUAAAUCAACUAACGUCUUCAAAUGAACAGGUUACAACACCAAGAUAUCGUGGAUCGGAGCACCUUAAAUGUAGACAACGAUACAUAAUGUGGAAGCAGAGGGACCUAGAUGCGACCCCCUUAGCGUAUAAAGAAUUAAGGGCCGAAAAACCUGCGUGUGUAGAUCUUACUAUUACUUGACACCGGUUCCACACAGUUCUCUCCCCUUAGUUUAUGAAAUUCUCUUGGCGUGUUUAUACUUCUUGAUCGCGUAACUUUGUUUAUAUAAUAUUAAAUCUCAAUGUGAAUAAUGUCAAAAUCAUUUUGCUUUAGUCUGAUUAGUCUUUAAAGGCAGAUAAUAGAUCCAACAUAAGAAAUGUACUGUUAUCAAGUUCUUGAUGAAGGAGGUGUGCUGGCUGUCCAACAUCUACAGGUUGUUUAUGGAAAUGAUACCACUGACAAUAACAAUGUGCACAGAUGAGUGAACUAUAAUUGAAGACAAACCAUGCAGUGGAGGACCAGCAACUGGUAUCACUAAAACAAAUUACCAGUGAAUGAAUAGAUUCGCACAGACAGAGGACUCAUAGUGAGUUUCCCUGCAAAACUGAUCUGUGAUCGCAAUGCAUUACAGUAAAUGGUGGAAGACUUUGGGUAUUGAAAAGUGUGUGUGCAAAAUGCUUCAGAAAUUCACCUCACUGUCUAUGAAACCAUUUUUGAAAAAAGUUCCCAUAUCUUCAGCUAUUAAUUGUUGUUCAUAUUCAGUAUUUAAAUCUUUACAAAUAACCCCCAGAAAGCUUUUAGAAACAAAUUUAGCUAAUUUUCAUUCGAGGCAUUUGUCAUAUUUAUCUGAAGAAUAUUUCUUAAGUUAUUCAAAUGCUUUCUUUAGAAGAUGCUUUCCAAAAAGCUCCAGUGGUUUCAGGGCAUCUCGUUUAUUUUGUAAUCAAAUAGUUAAUAGGUGUAAGAUUGAUCAUAGAAUAAAAUCACAUCCAUUUACCUCAGAUGUAGUGAAUUCUUCAGUUAAAAAGCUGGAUAAUGUUAAACUGUUUCAUCUGAAAUCUCGGAGCUUAAUUCACCUUGUUGGCACAGAUACUUCUAGUUUUUUACAAGGCCUUAUUACAAAUGAUAUGCAGCAGUUUCAGAAUGACAAUAAAAGAACAAUGUAUGCCAUGAUUUUGAAUGUUCAGGGCCGCAUUCUCUAUGACAUUUUUAUCUAUGCUCUUCCUAACCAAUCUUCAGAUUUCUUCCUGGAAUGUGAUACCAGCAUUAUUAAUGAUUUAAUAAAACUCCUAAAGAGAUACAAAAUUAGGAAAAAGGUUUCUGUUGAAAAUACUGAAGAUAAGUUUCAAGUAUGGGCUUCAUUUAGUCCUCCUUUAGCACUUUCAAACUUCUUGUCAUCUGAAAAGGAUUCAAAGGUUGAAAUUUGUGAGCCUGAUCCUAGAGUUCAAGACUUUGGUUCCAGAUUAAUUUUACCUCAUGAUACUUCUUGUGUAUCAAAUCCAGAAGAGGAAUAUCACAUGAGACGAUAUGAAAUGGGUAUUGCUGAAGGAACAUCUGAUCUCCCUCCAGGCAGCUGCUUUCCUUUAGAAAAUAAUCUGGUAUUUUUAAAUGGUGUGAGUUUCCAGAAAGGUUGUUACAUUGGGCAAGAACUUACUGCUCGGACUCAUCAUAGAGGAGUUAUUCGCAAACGUCUCAUGCCUAUUUUCUUCCAAAGUGAGCCCGGAGAGAUUAUGAAAGACAAGCCAAUUGUUGAUUCUACAGGGAAAAAUAUUGGCAAAUUUCGAGGUAAUAUUGGAAAACAUGGCUUAGCUUUAUUGCAAUUGAAACCUGCUCUACAGAUUCAAGAUGGAUAUUUUGAUUUGGACAAUCACAAAGUGAAACCUAAAAUACCUGCUUGGUGGCCAAAUCUGAAUAUUUAGCAGUUUGAAGAAGCUAAUUAAAUAUCUUACUAAACCUAGAUGUAUCUAACCAUCAGAAAUAAUAAUAAUUUAUUAAAAAUAUGUUUGAAUAUCUAAA